CAAAAAUUGAGGGCUCUUUGUACCAAAGAACUAAAAGUUUCCCUAUCUUGCUCCUUUAGAAAAUGUGUUUAAAUAAUGACUGCGCCAUCACUGGCCUCUUACUUUCUCUUUUCUCUUCACUCCUCUCACCAUAUUUCCUCUCUAUUUUCAAUUAAUUACCAACCGCUUCUUAUUCAAUUGUGAAAAGUGUUCCUGGCACCUCACGCGUCGCUGCCUACAUACCCACCACUCCAAUCCCCUGAAAGCGCUGGUGACCUCAAUCAACUCACAUUACAAUAAAUGGCACAGUUUCCUCGACGACACGCUCAGCGACAAGCUCUGAGUCAUGGUCAGCCAGAGACUCCUCCGCUAGGCUCGCCUAGUAACGAAGAUUCUCAAUGGCACAAAGCACUAGCUAAAAAACCCAAGGGACUACCUGCUUCCUCUAAUGAUCACGACUCUGGCUCUGAAUCUGGUUCUAUUUGCGAUGAAGAUUCUGGCUACGAUUCCACUGCGAAUACGAAAGCAAAAGUCGAGUAUUAUCGACAGAAAAAAGCUCAGUUCCUGGCUGAUGGCCCAACUUUAUCAAACCCUUGUGAUAGUACAAAGGAUAUGAUGCGUGCAGCGGAACGGAAAUGGGCAUUGUAAGUUCUUGCUCUCUAAUUACAUUUUAAAAUCAUUACUCAUUACAUGGAUUAGGUUUUGUGAGGAGACAAGGUCUGGAGAUCCUAUCCCCGCCCUUAAAGCUGCCGAUGCGAGUGACUUCAAGACGUAUCUCCUAUGGCGGAAAGAAAAUUCCCGGAUUAGGAAAAAGUCGAGUAUGGUCACAGACUGGCUAGUCCUUAGCAUGGUAUACCAGCGAACAGCCCAGCGCUAUAUGGAUGAGGGUGUUAUGUAUGAUAUUCGUAAUGUUAGUAAAUUCUGGUUAAAUACAAGCCUUACAAUACUAAAUUCUCAAUAGUGGAUUCACACCCUCGGUCUCGAUGAAUCAGAAAAAGACAAGGCAGGGCUCUUCAUGGAAGACUUAUGUGUGCUUCAAAACGGUCACUGGGUACGCGACCGGGAGAUCUUUGCUCAUGAGCGGCUUCGGCUGCAACUGUCUCCUCUUCUGAUCUUUGCUGGCUGCACGUCCACACGACCAAAGGCCCUAGUAGGAAAGCGGCCACUUUUAUACGAGGAUAUCGAGUUCCAGGUCUUUCCGCCUCCUACUAAAGGACAACUGCCAAUGGUAAUCCUAAUCCUUAAUCUGAAGCAUAUCAAGAGGUCUGGUGGAAAGACAAAGCCGUAGGUGCCCCUUUUAUAUCUUUUAAUCUGUGGCGUACUUUUUUACACUUUUACUAACUAUUAACAAGGAAGAAACUUGCAUUCUACGAGGGCGAGAAUCUCAUCUGUUGUCCUGUUCUCUUCACGAUGGCCCUCGCUCUUACAGAUGGGGCUUUCAAAAACAAGUUUGCCUCUCUUUCGCAGAUCUACGAUCUAGUUGUUCCGAGCAAUACAGACCGUAUUAGAUUGAAGUGGGAUGAUACGUGGGCAGGAAGACCUAUCUUCCGCGAUGUUGAGAAGACCCCCGAAAAAGGGUUAUAUAUUUCUGAGACUAAGCCGCUUCAACAUUCGAAGCAUCGGCACCACUUAGUCCGCCUUGGUCGAAGCUGUGGAUAUCGAAAGCGGUUAGAAUUUUACGACUUACGACGAGCUUCCGGAAAGAAGUUAAAUGGUAAGGAUAAACCUCUCCCAUCUUAUAUCGCUCCUUAGUAAUUAUAUUUACUAACACUAAUGCUAUAGAGGCCCUUACCCCCGAAGAGCGAAGGCAAAUUAUGAGAAAUCGUGGAGACGUCUACGAAAGGCAUUAUAUGCCUUCAUUAAUUGAUGCAGACUGUCAAGCUAUCUACCUUGGUACAACACGACGAGACGAUCUUGUACGCGCUGUUGGCCGCUUAGAACGCCAUGACCAAGCUCCGAUCGAAUUGACCGACAUACAAAAGUCUGAGAUCAAGAAGGAUGUAGAGGUCAUUAGGCUUAUUCGAGUUCGUGAGAGGUAUGCCGCGAAAAUCAAAAAAGAAGGCUAUUCGACAAUCAAGGAGUCUAAGAAUACACUGUGGUACAAGCGACAUAAUGAAGCGCAACGCGAGCUGAAUAGCCUCAAAAUAAAAUUAACCAGUACGCUACUUGAGAAUACCAUCGACCAAUUCCACGAAACUGUCCAUACCACGGAGGUUGACCGCCAGAUGCGAGGUAUUCUCCCUGCAUCAGAUGUGCUUAUGCCGCCGACAACUCAAUAUGAGCUGAGGGAGCGAGCUACAGUGGCUAACUACUUUUUCAGCCAAUUGAUCAUCUUAAUGAGGAUCAAACCUUUCACGUACGGGUACAGCUUGUCCAAGCACUUAUCAAUCUCAGCAGAAAGCAAGUAACCCCUCACCAGUUCAAGCACUCCAAGACACAAAAGAGUGUCGCUAUAAAUGAUAUUAAUAAUUCAGACCAUAUCGCUAGCAAUGUACCUGAUCUACCUGGCACUGCUAACCUAUUCUGUGCAUUUUGCAAGUGGGGGGACAAUGAAGCUGGCCCACGAAAGCAGAAACAUCUAUUUUCUCGCAUAGACAGCCUUAGGAGACAUGUCCAAGCUCAGCACCUUCAUAAACGGGCCGCUGCCAACGGGGUUUCUUGUCCUUACAAAGGUUGUUCGGCGUACUUGGGCAGCGCCACACACUUCUUGUCCCACACGGCACGGCAGCAUGGAAUGUCUCUAAUUUUUGUUCCUUAAUAUAUACUCUGUAUAGUAGUUU